AUGGUUGAAGCAUUCCACCAUAGACCGACGCUCAAGCAACAAAAUAAAAAGUUCAAGUCGAAACAUGCCACGAAAGGGACUCUGAAGGAUCGAGCCAAAGGCCGGAUUCUCCAAUCAUCGAAGACGGGCCCGAAAGCUUCUGCUGCAGCUGCUCAGACGCGGUUGAACAGAAGGAACAACGCAAAACAGGCGCAGUCGAAGAAAAGAGAGGCUAUCGUCUCAGCUACGAGGCUGUUCAAUGGCGUCGAUGGCUGCCCCAGGAUCGUCGUCGUAGUCCCUCUCUCCCCGGACGUUAGCUCCAAAAAUGUGGUCUCAGCCAUCUCGAAUGCAUUGGACCAACCUGCGGACGAUUGUUCUGAAGACGGCCUAUGGAGGAUGAGAGCCGAUCGAUUCAAAACAUCUUUGCAAUUCCGAACCCUUCCAUAUCGUCGCUACUACGAAACGUUGGACGCCUGUAAAGUUGCCGAUUAUGUCGUCUUUGCUCUUUCGAGUGCUGUGGAAGUCGAUACUUGGGGUGACAUCCUCCUUCGAAGUCUACAAUCCCAAGGGCUUCCCGAGGUCGUGACUAUCGUUUCUCCAGACACGGAAAUGGAUGUCAAAGCACGACCUUCGAUUCUCAAAUCUCUCCUCUCCUUCAUCCAGUACUUCGUGCCGAGCCAAACGAAAGUUUUUGACUUGCAUAAUACGUCCGACCGUUUGAACGCCCUACGAUCACUUUCUGAAGGCAAACCGGCUGACGUUCGAUGGAGAGAAGGGCGUUCGUAUCUGCUUGGAGAGCAGGUACAGUGGGACGGUGACGUUUUGCGGGUGACGGGUGUGGUUCGUGGAGCAUCUCUGUCUGCAAAUCGCUUGGUUCACAUACCCAAUUCGGGUGAUCACCAAAUUUCCAAAAUCUACUCAUCACCACUUCCGCGAGCUCGCAAAGGCCAGGAGAAUGGCAUGGAAGUGGAGCCCACCUUGAUCGCUGAACCUAACCCUGACGACGCGGACUCGCUCGUUUCCACCAACGACCCUGACGAUCUCGAAAACGAGCAGACAUGGCCAACAGAAGAAGAGAUGAAUGGGAAGCACACCGGCAACAAUGACCCAUCGAUACCUGACGCAGUUCCUGGCACAACGCCGAAGGCUGUAAAGCGCAUCCCGAAGGGUAUGAGCGAGUACCAGGCUGCUUGGAUCAUUGACGAGACCGACGAUGAGGACGGUGAUGAUGAUUCCCAGGGAGGAAGCGACAAGGACGGUAUGGAAGAGGAGGAAGAGAUGGAAGAGAUGGUCGAGGUGGAGGAUACCACUGAGAUGGACAUUGAUAAUCAACGACAUGUUACCUUCCAAGAUCUCGAUAUCGAGGAGGAGACCGCCCAGUUGGAGAAAUGGAGAAACCGUAAACGCGAGGAAGAGGACGAUGCUGCUUUCCCUGAUGAAGUCGAUACCCCUCAAGACAUACCCGCUCGCACUCGCUUUGCUCGUUACCGCGGAAUGCGUUCAUUCCGGACUAGUCCAUGGGACCCCUAUGAGAACCUCCCUCGAGAUUAUGCCCGUAUCUUCCAAUUCGAGGACUUCAAGCGGACAGAGAGAUCUGUCAGGAAGCGGAGCGAGCAGGAACUGAACACCGUCGAGCCUGGAACCCGCGUUACCGUCCAUAUCACUGGUGUUGCUCGAGAGGCUGUAUCAUCUGGACCUCUGACCCUCUUCUCGCUGUUCCAGCAUGAGCACAAGGUCUCUGUCCUUCACUUCACUGUCCAGCGCAACACAGAAUACCAUGCUAGUGUCCGAUCAAAGGACCCCAUGAUCCUGUGCGUUGGGCCUCGCCGGUUCUCUGUGAAUCCCAUCUACAGUCAACAUACCCGCGGUGGAGGAAAGGGGACGAACAAUGUCCAUAAAUUCGAACGCUACCUUCGCCAUGGUUCCACGGCUGUAGCAACUGUAUACGGACCUGUAACGUACGGAAAGCAACCCUGCACUCUCCUUCGAGAGUCGAACGAUUCCCAAGCUCCACAGCUCGUGGCUUAUGGCUCUUUCCUUAACACCGAUACGACGCGCGUGAUUUCGAAGAGGAUUAUCCUCAGUGGACAUCCGUUCAAGGUACACAAGAAGACUGCGACCAUUCGUUACAUGUUCUUCAACCCUGAGGACGUGCAUUACUUCAAACCUAUCCAACUACACACCAAGUACGGCCGCGUUGGUCACAUCAAGGAAUCUCUCGGUACACAUGGCUACUUCAAAGCCUACUUCGACGGCCCAAUCAACCAGAUGGACACCGUCUGCAUGUCCUUGUACAAGAGGGUCUAUCCUAAAUGGGCGCAACUGUACCGCGACGGUGCGCGACCUCAAAGCGCCCCUCAUGCGCACGACGAUGUCGCCAUGGAGGAGUAGAGGAGUCGACUGCAGGGGCUCUUUACACUGACUAGUACCAAAAACAUAUGUACAUGUCCAUUCGAAAACCUGUGACUUAUGUCGCAGACACCAUUCCUAUCAUACACACUCGUUGCAGACCCGC